CGAGCUUCAGCUAAUGGGCGGGCGUACGGCUCGGACCGAGCCAGCAGCAGCAGCAGCAGCAGCAGCAGCAGCGAGCGCCGAGGGGAGGAAAAGCAGCGCGAUUCUUACCUUUUGCAAGCGGCAAAUCCGCCUCCUGCAUCCGAAAGCGCCGCUCGGCGGCUCGCGGCGCUGCAGCCGGAACCGGCAUCAACUAGCAACAGGGUGCAGCAAUCGUCUAUGGGGUGCUGAAAACGUGUAAGGCUUGAAUGGAAAAAGCAUGAAGAGUUUGAAAGCCAAGUUCAGGAAGAGCGAUACCAAUGAGUGGAAUAAGAAUGAUGACCGACUCCUACAAGCUGUGGAGAAUGGAGAUUUGGAGAAAGUGGCCUCCCUUUUGGGCAAAAAGGGAGUCAGCGCAACCAAACACGACAGUGAGGGCAAGACUGCCUUCCAUCUUGCUGCCUCUAAAGGACAUAGUGAAUGUCUCAGGAUUAUGAUUACACAUGGUGCAGAUGUAACAGCUCAGGAUGGAACAGGGCACAGCGCUUUGCAUCUUGCAGCCAGGAAUAGCCAUGCUGACUGUGUCAAGAGGCUUCUUCAGUCCAAAUGUCCUGCAGAGAACACAGAUAGUUCGGGGAAAACAGCUUUACACUAUGCAGCUGCCUGUGGCUGCCUUCAAAUAACUCAGCUCCUGUGUGAACACAAGUGUCCAAUUAACAUCAAAGAUGUGGAUGGAAAUACACCUUUCUUACUUGCAGUGCAAAACAGCCACCCUGAAGUAUGCAAAUACCUUCUGGAGCAUGGGGCAGAUGUCAACUCCAAGGACAGAAAUGGAAGAACUGCUUUGAUGCUGGCCUGUGAAGCUGGAAACCUGAGCAUUGCGGAAAUCCUGAUCCGAAAAGGGGCAGAUAUAAAUUUGGCAGAUGCGCUUGGACACAAUGCCCUGCAUUACUCCAUACUUUCUGAAAAUACAGGAAUUCAGAGUCUCCUUCAGUCCAAAAUGGUUCAAGAUGUUGGUGCCAAGUCACCAGCCAAGCCAAAGCAGCAUGAUCAAGUCUCUAGAUUAAGUUCAGAAAGAAGUGGAACUCCAAAAAAACGCAAAGCCCCUCCACCUCCUCCCAUCAACCCUAUCCAGCUUGCUGAUCGCUCUUCAUCACAUUCAACAACUUCAACCCCAGGGUCUGGGAAAGGCCAGCUCUUCUUUGCCCGACAGGGAUCCAAGGAAGAUACCAGUGCAAUUCAGUCUGAGUGCAAAGAUGGGAUGAGUGAUAGCACAGCAGGUGCUGAUAGCUUCUUGGAUGUAAGUUCAGAAACAGAUCGGCAAGAUUUGCUUCUGUUGUUGCAGGGAAGGGUUGCUUCUUUGACACUACAAAAUAAGAAAUUGCAAGAAAAACUUCAGGCAAGAACCCUCAAAACCGAAGAUACAGAUGCCAUAGUGGAUUCUUUUUGUUCCACCCACACGGAGUUUGAUCCUUUGACUAACAGGCUAAGUGAGGGUUCGGCAGUGGCAGCCGAGGAGAUAAGCACAUCUUCCCUAAAUCUGGCACAGGCUCAGGAAGAAGCAAGCCCUAAUGAAUUAAAAAUUAAGCAGCUACAAGAAAGCUUGGAGGAAGUGCAGAAGAGACUAGAUAGUUCAGAAGCAAAGAGGCUGAACUUGGAGUCACAGCUUCAGUCUGGUGUGCUGGAGGAGGCUCACUUGUUAAACAGCUCCGAAAUUUCAGAGAAUGGCUCUGACCUCAAUCAGAAACUAGACAAAACCCAAAUCAAAGAUGAAGAGUCAAUGAAAGAGAUGCUUCAUGUCCAAAGACAAAUGAAACCAGGUCUGGCAACUUCAGAAAGCAAAGAGGCUGACCUGCAGGAGCUCAGGACAACCUGCGAGGAGGUUGAGCUGCUGAAGGAAGAGCUGAGGAAAGCUCAAGAAGUUGAUGAGAAGCUGAAGGUGAGGGUGAAGGAGCUAGAGAUAAAGCUGGAAGAAAGGGAGAGAAAUGCAGCUGGUAUAAUGUCUGUGGAGGAAUGCGAGGAAAUGAAAAAUUCUUAUUGCUCAGUUAUUGAAAAUAUCAACCAAGAGAAGGCAUUGCUGAUUGAGAAGUAUAAGGAAGGACAGGAGGAAAUCAAAAAGCUCCAAGACAGACUGAAGGCUCAGAGGGAAUCAGGGCACAGUGAUGAAGCUGAAGAGGUGAAGGAUGCAAAGAACCAAAUGAUAAACGAACUCAGUAGGCAGGUCAGUGAACUUUCCCAAAUGUACAAAGAAGCCCAGGCAGAACUUGAAGAUUGCAGGAAGAAAAGCAUCCCAGAAGACCUGAGUUCAGGAUACAUACCUCUGGAGGAAUAUGAGAAGCUAAUGGAGGCCACCAUCGUGCAGAGAGAGCAAGCUGAACAUGCUUUGUUGGAAAUGAAGACACAGUAUGCAAAAGUGUCAAGUGAAGUGACACAGCUCCAAAACCUGCUUGACACGCAGUCGAAGAAUUCUGUCUCCAUCACAGAACAUCUCCAGAUGGUUAGUGCUCUCCAGACCUCAGUGAAGCAAAUGGAAGAAGAAAUAAAUGAGCUCAAAGAGCAGAUUCUUCAUAAGGAGAGUGAAGUGCAGCGUCUGCAGAAGGAGUUGUUAGAAGAAGAAGCUGCAGUGUGUGAAGCCAUGGUGCCCAGAGUACUGUAUGAAGAGCUUCGGUCUUCUUCAGAAAAUGAAGUCAACUCCUUGUCAUCCACACUGAAGGAUUUGAUGAAAGAGCGGGAGACCUUGUCUGCCGAUCUUGCACAGUUGAGGAAGGAGAUCUCACACGUGAAGGGGGAGAAGGAGAAUCUCCAAGCUCUUCUCCAAGCCAAGGAAGAGGAGAUCAAAGGACUACUUCAUCAAUAUCAUAAGUCUCAAGAAGAACUCCUUGAAAUGAAAAAAGCUGCUGAGAGUGCCUUAAAAAUGGAUGAAGACAAAGAUAAAAAGAUAUCAGACAUGUCUAAGGAAGUUACCAAGUUAAAGGAAGCAUUGAACAGUCUUUCCCAGCUGUCUUACUCAACUGGUACACCCAAACGGCAAAGUCAGCAGCUGGAGCAGUUGCAGCAGCAAGUGAAGCAGUUACAAAACCAACUGGCUGAAACCAAGAAGCAACAUCAGGAGAUAGUUUCUGUUUACAGAACUCACCUGCUUUACGCUGUGCAGGGCCAGAUGGAUGAAGACGUCCAGAAAGUGCUUAAACAGAUUUUAACAAUGUGUAAAAAUCCAUCACAAAAAAAAGGUGAAACUGUUUUUGUGGAUCCUUGAUGGUGCUGCUGCAGAAUUUGAUAUUAUUAAUGAGUUGUCCUGUCUUUCUUCACUCCAGUCAUAUGUCCAGUGUGCUAUUUUUGCACCUUGGACACAAAUGCAGAAUUCUCCAGAGAUUGCAGUUUACUAUAAAUCAGGGAUGAUCAACAUCUGACCUUCAGUAUUAGGAUGUGGUUCUGUGUUUCCUUGGAUUAUGAUGAGUUGAGGCAAACUUUCACCAUGAAAUGCAUUUUGGUUGUGAGCAGCUGCACCAUUUGAAGUUGGAGGCAGAAAUUAAUUGUUUGGUUCCUGGUUAUGUUAAAUGGAUAAAAUUACCUUCUUUAUAUCUUUAGGCCUUCAGAUGCCAGUAUAACCUAGAAGCAACUUAUUAAUGGUAAGGAAGACAACUUCAUCUUGUUGAGUAAAGCCAGCUGCAGUGUUUCCUUUUUAUUUAUCAAGUAAUUUAUGGACUGUGAGAGCACCAGAUUUGUCAUAUGUAUUAAAUAGGUGACAUAAAAUAUAGCCAUGUACUAAAGCAAGUAAAUACUUCUGAAAACAGCUAAUUGCUAAAACCUCAGUUUCAUUGUCAAGCAGGAAAUCAAACUAUCUAUGCAAAUGUUUGCAGUUCUAUUGGAAAUAGAACUUACAAGAGGGAAAACGGUAUUCCAAAUUGUAAGCAAGGGAUCUGAAUGAAUUCAUGAUGUUUACAGUGAGUUAUCUUACCUCACAGUUCCAAACCUCACUUUUGUAAUAAAAAAAAAAAAAAAAUCUCUAUGAUAUAUUUUUACUGGCCCUCAAAUUUAGAAAAGUCUUUAUAAUGAAAGUUGUUUGCUAUGUAAUACAUUUUUCUUUUUUUGCAAUAGACUUUAAUAACAAUUUAAGCAAUUGCCUUCUUGGUGUUUUUCCCUUAAUCCCACUCUGUAAUGAAAUCAGUGGAAGUAGUCCACCCUCUCUAGAAAACUUGUGUUGAAAUAGAACUGUCAUGUAUCCCAAACUGUGUUGUUGUUUUCUUUUCCAAAAUGCUGUAAAAAUUAAAGCAGAGAAAACCCUGUUUCCCAGAACUGUUUGUCUCAUUAAAUAUAUAUAAUAUAGGAAUGAUCCUACAAAUUGUGAUGGUGCCUAAAAAAUCAUUUGGCUGCUAAAUUUUAGCAGAAAUAAGUAAUUGUAAUAGAAACACAGGAUGAUGAUAGCAACUUGGAUAAUGAUGAUGAUGACUAGUAGUAUUAGAAUAUCAUUUUGAGACAGCAGGAAGGGAUAUGUGUUUCUGUUUUAUCUUCUGUUUUAAGGACAUGUUCAUACUGUUAAUUGGUUUCUGGAAUCCGUUUCAAACCAGUGUGGCCAAAUUUCAAACUAGUCUGAGCUUGACAAGAGCGUCAGUUAUUUUGUGGAAGAAUAUCACAUAAAUACAGGAUUCCCAGUAUUCAGCUGAUGCAUGCUGUAAUUUUCAGAGAAACUGUUUAAAUCAAUUUACACUUCUAGUGUAAACAUGGUAUUUUCAGGAGCACUCUUAUAUUUCAGAAACUGAUGGUGGAUGCCACCUUUGAGAACUAAGAGAGCAUUGAUUAAAGUCUUUAAGUAGCAUUGGAAAAUGAGCAAGUGUAUUAUUCCAGCUGUCCUUGGGUUGAAAAAAAUAUCCCAAAUCUAAACAAUUUAUAUUUUCCCUAAAGCAAAAACCAUUUUGUGUCUUUGGUUUAUGGGAUGAUUUAAUCAUAAAGCAGCCUCCUACAGAGAUCCCCAGUGCUCUGUAAUAAGUGGCAAGUAAUGGUUCAGUGCCCCUGGGCGACUAAAUUCACUAGGCACUUACGUAGUUCUCCCAUCAUCUUCUUCCUAUUUCGUUUUUUGUGCAAUAACCAGAAUUCUGAACUCCUGGAUCUUUUUCUUCUUUCUCGUUCUCUCUUUUGUCUUUCUCUGUGUUUGAAUAAUUUGGGACAAUAUUUCUUAAUUCAACACUUCUUUUUAAUGCUUCAAAGAUGUGGGAAAAUGUUGCAGCAUUUACCAGCCAACCAAACAAAAAAUGACAACUCUAACAUAGGCCAAUAAAUGCUGCCAGGUGUAAAACUUGAGGAACUGUUUUGUAGGUUUGCCUAACACACACUUUUAUUUUGUCUUGUUAAAUGUAUUUAUUAUGAUUAUUCUUGUGGAGACAUUGGAAAUUGUAUACUAUAGCAUAGUAACGGUCCUUUGUACAUUUACAGAAGUUUCCUUAUUCAGAAAAUAAAAAGUUUUUUUUC